AUGGAGAAUAAUUCAACAUAUAAAGUGACACUUCUUAACCUUUUAACAGAAGAAAAAAAGAAAAGAGGAAGAAAAAGAAAAGCAUUUAAUUUAGAAGAAACAAGAAAAAGAAAGAGAGAAAAUAGAGCAAAUGCCAAUAGGAAUGAUUAUGGAAAUGAAGGAUUUCUUAUGAUGAUAUUAUAUUAUCUUGGAUGUACUAUAAAGAUGAAAAGAAUAAUAAAAGAAGGAAUCUAUCAAAAAUUAAAAAUAGAAGAAGUAUUCUAUCAAAAUAUUCUUCUAAUUUCUAGAAAUAAAAUUGAAGAAGAAAUUGAACAAAGUAAUAUUCUUAAAGGAAUGAAAGAACAAACAAGAUAUAAAAGAAAUAUGAUUUUUAUUAUUAUUGAUAAUCAAAUCCUUGAUAUUCUUAAAUAUUUCUUUGGAUUUUCUUUUGAAGAAUGUGUUAAAAAGAAACCAGAAAAAAACUUUAUGCCAGAAAGAAGAAUAUUAGAACAUAUUAUCUUAUCUAAAGAAUGGAAUAAAAAAGAAAUAAUUAAUGAAGGAUGUAUAUUCUAUGAUAAUAUUAAAUCAUUUUUUAAUGGUAAUGAAGAAAUUGAAUUUUCAUUAGAUAUUAUUCAUUCAUUCUAUGAAGCUCAACAAGUAAAUAGUGUAAUUUCAUCAUCAUUUAUUUAA